ACAAAGCUCUGCUUUCAGUAGAAGCCAGAACGCCAUGGAGGAAACAUCCGAAAAAGUUCCUUUUGAGGCUUACAGUAGCUUGAAGCCCAGAGGGUUUGUGCGUGUGAAGACGACGGCGGUCGUAGCCUUCAUCGCCGGCGCCGUUCUGCUGCUCUUUGGAGGCAUUGGAGCUUUUUGCUUGUGGAAAGUCAGCGAGAAAGAAGUGAUCAGCACUCACUACAGUAACAUCGAUAUAAAGAUAGAAGACGGUUCAGAUGCUGCAGAUGGGAAAAUUGUGGAAGUUCAAGACUUCAAAGCCGGCAUUACAGCAGUCAAGUUUCCUGGAAAAGAGAAGUGUUACAUCAAAUCACAAGUCAGAUCUGAACUUUCUGAGGAGGCUGACACUGCGGCGGUGAAAUCUGACGCGGGGUCUCUGGUCUGGAUCGCAUCUGAAGAACCACUGAAGGACGUCAGUUUUCUGAGCCCUGAAAUACUGAGAUUCUGUGGAGACCUUCCCAUUUACUGGCAUCAUCCUGCAAACUCCAGAGCAUUGAGGAAGAGGAGAAGUGUGACGCGAGUGAGACGGCAGAGUACAGGUGGAUUAAAUCGACAACAGGCGAGACGUCGAAACUCCACGAGUCCAGCCAGAGAGGAUGAGCGGCCGACGGGGCCCGAUUAUAACCCUGAAAACCCUUAUCAUCGGAAUCAGGAGGGUUCAGAGGGGCACAUGGUGUUCGAUCCCAUGCUGGACCAUCGUGGCAUUUGCUGCACAGAAUGUCAUCGCAGUUACACCCAUUGCGAGCGUGUUUGUGAGCCUCUCGGGGGCUACUGGCCGUGGCCUUACAACUACCACGGCUGUCGGCAGGUUUGCAGGGUCAUCAUGCCUUGCCGCUGGUGGGCGGCUCGCGUGCUGGGUCUCGUGUAAGCUCUCGUGUCUCUGCUGGUCACCAGCUGAAGGCACAGUAGAUUUGCCCUUAAGGUCCAACUGAAGUAUAAUGAGGCAUUUUCAACAAAAGUAAACCUCCAAUGUAAAUGGAAGAAAAGUCAGACAUGGAUAUACACAUAAACUUUAACCUAGCAAUAGUUGAAAAAUAUAGCUUUGAAUAACAGGCACGUGUUUUUAGGACUAUUAAAAUAUGCUUUUUGAAUUGUACACACUUCAGUGUGCAGAGUUUUAUUUCUGAGCCACUAGAGGAACCAAACAAAACUGCGAUUGGAAAUCCAGUGGAAGAUGUUUGAUUAUUUUUGCAAUUUCUGUUUGGUCGCAAGCGGCAAAGGAAAACAACAGCUUUACGUGCAAAUAAAUAUUAAAAUGCAAACUGUAUAAUACAUGCAGUAAAAUAUAUUUUGAGACAUGUAUUGAUUCAAGUUAAAAAUCAUAGUU